AUGAGGGCAUCUGCACCCACCUCCCGCAAUCCGGCCUCGUGCUCCAUCCGCGUUCUCUACGGCCUCUGUGGUGAGGAGCGCGAGUUCGAGUUUCCGUUGCAAAAACUUGACCACGAGAAAAAUGGAGAAGAGGAAAAGCAUUUUUACGAAGCGCCGCUGGUCCGGGCACUCCUUGACAAGGUGGCCCGUGUCCUGUGCAAAAGUCGUAUCCUGUGCAAAAGUAUCGUCCUCGUAGUAAUCCCAUUCAUGCAUUACAAAUUUUUUUCUCAAGGUAAAUCCGCAUUUUACAAAUUUCAUUUCUCAUGCUGA